AUGUAUAGAAGGACAGUGUUCGGAGAAUUAGUGCCUGAAAACAUCCCAUUCUUUACUCAAGGGCCAGAUGCCAUGGAUGCUUUCAGAGAACUGGAUUCUGAGUACGACUCAGAUAGUAUUCAGCCUAGUGAUAACCAUUUGUCACCGAAGGAUCCGGAUUUUAAUGAAUCUGAAGAUAAAGUCAACAGUCAUAUUGUGAAAGCUGUUGAUAAGAUGAACCACGAGUACUUCGUCACCUCUCUUGGAGGAAAAGAGCAGAAACAAGUCGCUCUUACAAAAGAGUUGAAGAAUACACAGAGUCAGAAAAGCACUUCUAAACAAAUUCCAAGUAACAGGAAGGCACUCAAUAGAGGCUCUCGAAAAUUGGAAUCAAGAAGAAGCAGCUGUGAGAAAAGACUACCAAAAAGAAUGACAUUUAGGAAUCCUCAGUUAUAAAGAAAAGUGGAAGUGUUCACUCAGUCCUCUCUCACAGGAGAUCUAUCACAUCUGUUCUAAGUUUGAGGGAUACUAAAUAAGCUAAUUAAACCUAAGUUCAAGCCUGAGUAUGACCACCACUUGGUCCGACUGAACAAUAGCAGGAAGCAGGUAUUCGGGUACCCAAACUACAUGAGUUUGCCCAUCCUCAAGAUCAUUGAGGAAGAGCUGAACAAUGAGCUUGAGAUCAAGGAUGAUAUUGAGAUGAAGAAUCUCAAUUCGAAUAAUAGAGCUGGCGAGAAAACUAUUUAAAAAAUCGAAAUUCGAGGGAAAUGAUGAGUUCAAGAAGAAGCUGAAGAAGAUCAAACUGGCCAAAGUUCUUGAGAAAUUUAGGCGAAAUGAGGGCAAAAAGAAGCGAAAGCAGGAGAAACGCCAAUUCUACUUUAUUGAGGAUUACGAAGCUCAAAACCCUAUUCAUCACUUAGACCCUAACUAUCAGGAGCUUGUGAAGGAGAAGAAGGCCAAGAUGGAGUACCUUCAAUCCGUCUUCAGCUUUCCUUUUGAUAAGGAAAAGUUCAGGAAUCAUGAUAAAAAAUUGCUAAAGAGAAAAUUGAAUAAGAUGAAACUUUAUGAACAAAUUAUGGAGAAACUGCAAAGUAAUCAAGAUGAGGUGGAAUUAGCACAUCCUUUCACAUUGAGGAACCCUCAAAAGUGUAGAACUCAGCAAUUCCAUCGCAACCAGCUUGCGAAGAAGAUAAAGCCUGAACCUUUAUCCAUACGGAAGAAUAAUGAUAAACCUUCUAGAAUUUCUUUUGGGCCAUCUGGGGGUGAGAAAGAUGCGAGCACGCCUCUUUUAACUAUUGGUAAGAAGCCAUUGAGUCAGUUUACGAAGAUCUUAAUGCGGUCAUCAUCUAUGACAAAGAGCCAGAUGAGUGAUAUUGGCGACCAAUUCUUGAGCCCUAUUCGGCAAUUCAAGGAUUAUAAGCCUACUUUUGACAUUAUUGGGAUGAAUAGCUCUAAAGCUGACAAGUUCAAAAAGGUCAGGAUGAAACUUCAUUCAAAAGCUAAGAAUAAGUAUAAGAUGUCCUUUAAUUUGAAUACAUCAAGAAACACAAAUGAGAGGAAAAGGUAUGACCUUAUGAGGAAAUCAGCUGAUGCAGCUAAGAUGGACAAGAUGUCUGAAGAUAGCCAUACGCUAAACUUCAUUCUGCAAGUGCCCACCAUCAAAUCUCAUUCUCAAAACUCAAGCCAGAAAUCCACCAAAAAUCCAACCCAGAGUGCAUCAAAGAUUUGAGAAAAUUUAGACUCUAUCAUUGCCAAAAGCAAUAAGUUUCUUACUAACGAUGAGGCUCGAGAAAUAGUUGAGCUGCAUAAACAGCUGUUGUAUGCUGAUAGAGAAAUUAUUGUACAAGCACAGCAGCCACAUGACUCCAAGGCCAGCCCUAAUGAGCUGCAAGAGAAUCCCUUCUUGGAGAAGGACGAAGACUCAGAGUACGAAGACUCUGAGACUGAUGACCAGAAGACCAGGAUGCUCAGACAGCUGAAGAGGUCGGUUGAUGUCAUGCACAAGUUCAGAUGUGCCAAGCUAAGUACAGAUAGAAAGGAACAGGCUGAUGCCAGUGAGUCAGGAGUCAGCACGAUGAGCGUCAGAAGAAUCAUUCAGUCACCUUUGAAAUUGUCUUUAAGUCAGAUAUUCCAAGGUUAUGAGAAUGAGGAGCUUACGAAUGAUGAAAUAAAGCGCAAGUUCUACAAAAGAUUGGGGCGGGAUAUCCAUUUCCAGCCCAACUAUGAACAUAAUAUUAAUAUAAUCUCAUAAAU